AUGGAUGACGUCAGCACACAGGGACGACGGCGACCUCUGGCGGCGGAAGCGAGCGCGGCUGGUAGGUCGGGGAAACCCGCCAAGUCAAAGACCAAAGGCAAACGUUCGAAACCCUCGCGGGAUAAGAACUCGCCUCUGACACCAGGGGACGGUGGUCUGGAUUCUGCUCCACCACCACCACCACCCACCACGCCCACGUCACGUGAUGCGGCCACGUCAAAUAUCGUUGAUGACGUCACUAGCCGGCUAGCUACGCCCCCUGUGUGUACUGUGUAUAACAUGAGCACGCCACUUCCGGGUCAGUACCACAAUCAUGACGAGGGUGACAGCGUCAAUGUUUCAGGGAACGAGGUCGUGUUGGAUCAGACUCCUCUCUUCCCCUCACCCCCCUCCACAACCACAAGCGCCAAGGCACCCGGCGAGCAGCUAGCUAGCCUGGGGACAGAGCAGACCGAGCAGCUAGCUAGCAGCAAAGAAGGCAUAGAGUCGGGCGAUCAGCGAGCGGGCAGAUCUGAUCGCUCCACGGCUCGCUCGCGCAGCUCCUCUGCGCAUCGCUUCUCCAGCCUGUUCCGACGCAAGAACAGAAGCAAGUCGGAGGCAGAUCUCAGGUCAGACGGGAAGAAAAGAGAAGCGAAAAGCGAGCGGAGAGAUGCGAAAAGUGAGCAGAGAGAAGCGAAGAGCGAGCAGAGAGAUGCGAAAAGCGAGCAAAGAGAAGCGAAAAGCGAGCAAAGAGAAGUGAAUGGCGAGCAAGCUGCCAAUAAUCCUACAACCGACUCAGAGCUCAAAGACGACUCAGACAAACGCUCUACCCGAGGCCGGCCCGUCUCUGACGUCAUCGAGAGCGGUCAGACGUUCGGAUCGUCGUCCGGUAUCCGGUCAAAGUCUCCUCACCAGGAGUACAGUUUCCGUAACGCGCCGCGCGCCAGGCUGCUCAACAUGACGGUUCGAGACGCGCAUCGAGAACGUAGCCAGAGAAGGGCGGGCUCUCUACCCCGCCACACACAAGCCGGGCAAUCAGAGUCGCCACACACGCCACACACAGACGGGGGUCGCUCAAGCCGCUACCAAACACCCCCCGUCUCUUCCACAGGCGAUCUCAACCGUAGCUCCACCUCCGAGGGGCAGGCCGGGCGGUUGGCGGGUGUUCUACCUCGCCACCUGGCGCUAGACGACCACAGAUCCUCCUCUCUGCCUCGUCCCAAUCGGGGAAACAGGAAGUACGCGAGCGACACGUCGCCCACCUCGCCACUCGGCAAGUCCCCGUCUUUCCCUGAGGUGAGCCCCUACAUGAGGGCUCAGGCGGACACCACGCGUGACUCCUUCAGCCCACUCGGUCACGUGACUUCGGGAGAGGAGGAGGAUCACGUGGUGUGGCAGGAUGCUGAGGAUGCGAGGACGCUGGUGGAUGAGAAGAAGGGGGAGGAGGAGGGUGUGGCGGUCGGGGCAGUUGGAGAGGGCGGGGCCAAUGUCGCUGACAGCCGCGCCAAGAGGAAAGCUUCUCUCUCCCAGUUCUUGGAGCUCCGGCACACGCCCAGCGGGGGGUCGUCGUGGUCACGUGAGCGAAAAGCCAGUCAGUCCAGCGACUCGGGGGUCACGUCACGUGACGCUUCACCUCGGCCGUGGAGGGAAAACAGCUCCACGCGAGACGCCACGUCUGACAGCGGGGCGAGUGUCCCUGGAGACACCACUCGCCACGUCACGCGGGAUGCCACGUCGCGCCCUGGUUCAAACGUGACGGCAGGAGACGCCACCACGUCCCGCGUGAAGCUAAACGUGGCACAAGACGCCACGUCGGAGGUUGCUCAGCCACAAGAACGUUUGUCUCAGGGAGGAGCCGGGUCGGGUGUCGGGUCAUGGGUCACUCAGAGGUCAACAGAUUCCCACCAGGGCUGGUCACGUGAUCGGCCUGCCGCGCCCAGACUCUCCCUGAACGGUGCAGACCUGGGGGAUGACCAGGUGUCGGGACUGACCACACCGCUCCGGCCAAUGUCCGGCCUUGGCGAGCAGAACCUGUCCUCCUCUGGCCCGGGGUUCAGCGCGAUGACGUCAUCUUUCCCAUCAAGUGACCAGAGCGAGUCGCUCUCCUCCAGCACAGCGGUCAGUUCCAUGACGUCAUCGUUUCCCUCCAGUGAUCAGGGCUACGUGGACGGGGAUAGUCUCCUCUCGGCUGAUGACGACAACGACGACGACGAUGAUGAUGACGAUAACUCUGCUUUCUCCACACCUCCCGAAGAGCCCGAUUAUGAGGACGGAGAUAAGCCAGGAAGACCUGAAGGUGGUUUGAACCCUGGACUUCUAGACAAGCUGCUGAGGGAACCACAGGCCUGGGCCAAGCGCGGCAACAAGUGGCGCGACGGUGACGUCAUCCACGCGCCUGGCCCGCCGGUCAGUGAGGUCAGCGGUGAGCUGAGACAGAGGUACGUCCCGCGCGCCGUGAGGCGCUCCAAGAGCGACGUGGAGAGGAAGACCGCGGCUCCUCCUCCUCCUAGGGUUCUCAACAGGAACAUAAGCGAGCUCGGCGGUCCGGCACCCGCUGGGAUGUCCGGCAUGUCCGGAGUGGAGGAUGACCGGCUGUCGGCGACCAGCACAACCACACUGACCAGCCCAGACCUGGGAGCCCCGGCCUGCGAGCGAGUGGAGCAGAAGGCGGUCCCCGUCAUGGGUACAGUAGCUCAGCAGAAAUAUCGCCGGACUUUCUCCCCCUUACGUACACGGAAGUUCCCUCCGCCCGGACCGGCGGGGCAGUUGUCUCCCUUGCCUCCUGGUCUUGACUCAGUUAUUUCCCUUAGCACAGACAUUCCAGCAGAGACAUCCCCCGCCUCACGCCCCGUGCCCGCCCUCAUGCACGUCACUUCCGGCGAUUCCCCCGCCCUGCCCUCCCCCUACGAACAUUUACCUCAACCCUCAGUAAAGGGCGAGCCACCAGGCACGCUGACCCCCCAGAUAAGUGCUGUGGACUCGAACUCUAAACCUUCCGCGCCUCUAGAGAAGAAGGUGCUCAUCCACGGCGUAGAAGCGUCCCCGGGGUGUGAGGUCCGAUACCCAGGUGGUCGCACAACCACGGACUUUCUGCAGGGUCAGUCUACAGCAGCAGGUACCACCCAGGACUCGCUCUCCUUGACCAAGGGAGAGAAGAGUGGGGGAGACGAGCGGGGAAUCACGGGCGAGUUAUCCCCCGCACACUUAACGGGUGAUGGUCGUCGUGAUGGUGGGACCCACGCGGCUCACCCUGACCUUGACCCUGACCCUGACCUCUCAGAAGUAGACAAGGUCAAGGCCGCCACGGUGGACAGGGAGUGCCAGACGUGCACCUGGUUGCUGGAUGCCUACUACAAGGAGCAUCACAAGUCCACGAAAAGGAAACGGGGUUUUAACAUUUUCUCUCGGCGAAAGAGCCGGCGGAAGAACGUGGACGACAAUGAUGUACCCGGGGUGGCGGCGACGGUGGUGGUGGUGGAAGGGGGGAGUACAGGGGAGCGGGCUGUGCCAGACCCUUCUCCCACAGAGUCGUCACGUGACCCGGAGGAGGCUGGGGUCACGUGGCCGGCGACUUGCGCGGACCUCAUAACGUCAGCGUCCCCGGAGAAUGUUGUGGAAGACGAACAAGAACAGCAGCAGCAACAGCAACAGCAGCAGCCGGAGGCGAAAGCGUGGUCCGAGGAACAGAUCCUGGAAGCGAUGAGCCAGCCCCCGAGCCGCUCUUCCCCCUUCAAGAAGUCGGAGAGAAAGUCCAAGAACAAACGGCGACGAGGCAAGGAGGCGGCCACUAAAAGCCCCAAGUCUAUCCUCAAACACACCUCAUCCUCCCCUAGCUCACCGAGAGCUCCCAGAGGCAAGUCGCUGUCCACCAGUGACGUCACUGCCAUUGACCCCACUAAUGAGGUCACGGGUCAUGAGCGGUCAGCAGAUGAUGAUGGGUCAAGGUUAGAGGCAGCAGACGGGGAUAGAGUAACCACAGCCGGACCUUCCACAGAGGCGUCGGGAGGGCCGGGGGUUCAGAGGUCACAGUCUGAGCCCGGGGAGGUAGUGAAACCCAAGCGGUUGUCCUUCACCGCCAUUAUCCUACUGAAGAACCGCAUCUCCAGGUUCCGGGAGAAGAAGAAGGAGAAGAGGAAGGGGGCGGAGCUAGGCGAGGAGGUUCUGGAAGCGGAGAUCCCCAGCGACACGCUCAUCUCCAUUGAGAACGAGCUGAACCUCAGCAAACUGGAGGUGAGCAAAGAGACGGAUAUACUUGACGAGGACUUCUUCCAACCAGAGUUCUCAUUAGACUACAACAAAAAAUCCAUCAGGUUCGAACCCCUGCCACCCAGCGAGCCCAUGCAGAGCGAGGAGCCUCUGCCACCUUUGACCCCGUCCACCACACGGAGAUUACGUCAUCGAAGGGAGAGCACUCUCCGGGAGCGGAGGCGGAAGUGCAUCGCGUACUGCAAGAAGUUCGUGGCGUUCCUGUUCUCACAUAUCGGUCUGUGUUCUCUGGUGGUGGCUUACACCAUCAUGGGCGGCUUCAUCUUCCGGGCUCUCGAGGAGGGGGCGGAGUCUAGCGUGAGGGGAGCUGUCACG